CAGCCCCGCCGAAACCCGCCGCUCUCGCGAGUUCAGCGGCCUCGCGGGCCUUUUCUCGCGGGUCGGGUUUCCGGGCGGGUCGGUUGUGGAGGAACGCGUCGUAGGCCUAGCUCCCGAGACGCGGAAGUGGACGGGCGCGAGCGGCGAUGGCCGGGCAGCACCUCCCGGUGCCCCGGCUCGAGGGUGUUUCGCAGGAGCACUUCGUGCAGCACCUCUACCCACAGAGGAAACCUGUAGUGUUGGAAGGAAUUGAUUUGGGGACAUGCACAAGCAAAUGGACGGUGGAGUACCUAAGUCAAGUUGGAGGGAGGAAAGAAGUGAAGAUUCAUGUUGCUGCAGUUCCCCAGAUGGACUUCAUUAGUAAGAACUUUGUAUAUAGAACUUUACCUUUUGACAAGUUGGUUCAGAGGGCAGCUGAAGAAAAGCAUAAAGAAUUCUUUAUUUCAGAGGAUGAAAAGUACUACUUACGGUCACUUGGGGAAGACCCUAGAAAGGAUGUUGCAGAUAUCAGAAAGCAGUUUCCUUUAUUGGAAGAAGAUAUUAAGUUUCCAAAAUUCUUCAAAGAGGAGCAGUUCUUUUCCAGUGUUUUUCGAAUUAGCUCACCGGGAUUACAACUUUGGACCCACUAUGAUGUAAUGGAUAAUUUCCUAAUACAAGUGACAGGAAAAAAGCGUGUUGUACUGUUCAGUCCUCGAGAUGCCCAGUAUUUAUAUUUAUCAGGUACUAAAUCAGAAGUACUGAAUAUAGAUGACCCAGACUUAGCUAAGUAUCCACUGUUCUCCAAGGCUAGAAGGUAUGAAUGUUCCCUUAAUGCUGGAGAUGUAUUAUUCAUUCCUGCUUUAUGGUUCCAUAAUGUAAUUUCUGAAGAGUUUGGAGUGGGAGUGAAUGUCUUUUGGAAACACCUUCCGUCUGAAUGCUAUGAUAAGACAGAUACCUAUGGAAACAAAGAUCUCACAGCAGCAUCAAGAGCUGCACAAAUUUUGGACAGAGCCUUAAAAACACUGGCUGAAUUACCAGAGGAGUACAGGGACUUCUAUGCACGGCGAAUGGUCUUACACAUUCAAGACAGAGCCUAUAGCAAAAACUUUGAGUAAAUAAUGAAGUGAAUGCAAUGAAUAUAAACUUUUAAAUACGGUUCAGCUCAAAUAUUAGAAAAAUAUAACAAAUUAUAUUUAGAUUUUUUGUUAAAAGAGGAAAGGUAAAUCAAUUUCAGAUUUGCAUAUUAAAUAAGUACAAAGGAG